AUGUCGGCGGCUCUCAAGGCCGAGUUGGUGGCGCUUUUGGCGGAGGAGGCUGCAGGAGCGGACGACGGAGGCGGGGCGGAACGGCAGGUGGCGCGGAGCGGCGGCGGCGGCGUGGGGCAAGACGGCACGGCGCCAGCGGCAGAGGCGGUGCCUGUAGCACGAGAAAGGGGACUGGAAGCGGUGGCAGUGGAUCAUGUUCCACUCCUCGGGCGCUUGCUGGAGGUCCAGCAUGCGCUGGCUGUGUACGAUGCGGCUCGGCUCGAGGCACUCGCCCGGGGCGAGCUAGCGGCCCGCCGAGUGCGGGCGGUUGAUGCCGCCAGCGCAGCAUUGGCCGGUACAGACUACGAGCUGCGAGCGAGUCAGCGGGCUGGCCGAGUGGUCAAGGCGCUGGCCGCCGAGCGCGUGGUGCUGGAUGCGGCCGUAGCGGAGCACGCCGCUGCCGCUGCUGCCGCUGAACGUGCCGCCGCCGCUGAGCGCGCACGCGGCGUCGCGUCGCUCGCCAAGCACCUGGUGGCAACUGCCGGUCUCUCGGGCUACAGUGCCCGGGCCGCAGCCGAUGACGCGCUGGAUAGGGUGCUAGUCGGCCGAGGUGAUGACGACCGCCUUGGCGCAGGGAACGUCUCCAAGGCCUUGCUGGCCGCCAACUCGGCCGGCGCUCCGGUCCUGCUGCACCUUGGCCGAGGAGCGCGGCCGGUCAUCCAGGACGUCCGCGGCCAGCUUUCAUCCGCUCGGGCAGAUGUUCAAGAUUUGGAAGCUGAGAACAGCAGACUGCGCGCCGAGCUUGCAGCUGCAGCUGAGGCCAACCAGGCGGCGAUGGCCUCCGCUCGCCGCGCCCAUGCCGAGUCGGUGGCGCUCCUCCGCAAGCAGCUGGCGACCGAGACCCGCGGGAGUCGGCACGCCGCCAACGAGGCACAGGCCCAAGUCCGACACUUGCAGUCGCUAGUGAACGCGCUGCGUGCACGCAACGCCGAAAUGGGGCGGCAACUCGAAUCGAUUCCCCAGCUGGAGGCGGCGCUCGAGGCCGAGCGCGAGGCCCACGGCUCGGCCCGAACCCGGCUUGACGACGAGCGCCGGCGCGCGGCAGCAGCCGAGGCAGCGCGCGACCAGGCCCUUGCCGAGCUCGCGGCGCGUGUCACUGAUGCCGACGCGCGGGUGAGCGCCGCCGAGGCCACCGCCGCCGAACUCGCCGCCCAGCUCGAGCAGGAGCGGGCAGACCAUGAGAUUGACCUCGCUCAGGCAACAGAGCACGCCAUUCGCGCCGCCAAGGCCAAGGCCAACCUCACCGCGCAGCUGACGUCGGCGAGCCGCGGCAUCGGCUCGACGCGCCAGCGGUCCGAUGCGUCGCUCGCCUCAUCGCCGUCGCGCAAGCUUGGCCGUUCCAAGUCACGAACCAAGGUGUCAGCGCCCGAGUCGUCGUCGGACGAUGGCGCUGACGAAAGCGCCGUUCUCUUCUGGGGCCUCGACACUGACGCCGCUCGCCGGCUCGGCAUUGACGAGUCGACUGGCGCGCAGCUCGACAACCAAAACCUGCGCGAGCGCGCGCGCCAGGUCCUUGCCGACCAGCUCGAGGAGUUGUCCGACCUGAUGAAGGGUUUCAAGGCCGAGCCGCUGCGGGCGAUGCCGUCAGAUGAGUUCCGCACCCGCCGCUCGUCGCGCGACGGCCGACGCCGCUCGCCAUCGACCCAGCGAAUCCGCCGCCGUCGCGGCUCGCCUGCCGGCUCCAACCUGGCGCCGUCGGUAGCUCAGAUCAAGGCGCAGGCGCCUGGAGGCCGCCGCAACACACUGGCGUACAUUCCUGAUGCCGAUCCGGUAGUCAUGCCGCGGAACGCCGCCAUAUCAAAGCGCAAGGCGCUGACCCCGCUCGGCCGCUCGUCGUCCAUCGAUCUGAACUCGUCGAUGCCAGUCGCAAACCUGCCGACAGGCACCCCGGCGUUUGGCGGUUUGUCGGACGACUACGACGACGACGUUGUCCCGCUCACGGCUCGGUACUCGUCCAUGGUUGAGCUGCCGCAGGCACGGGGCUUGGUCUCGCCGACAAGCGACUCUGGGCGGAAUGUGGCGAAGGGGCUCUCAUCGGAUGCCGAGAGCAGCAGCGCCCCGCCCGAGUCUGCGGCAGUCGACGCCGCCUUGGCGGCCGUCGCCGACGGCUCGGCCAAUCUACCGAUUGCUGGCUUGGUCAGAGGCGGGCGGCUUGCUUCUUCGAUCUUUGACCAUGCCCAUUUGCAGCAUGUCGACGUAUCGAACAACGGGCUUGUCCAGCUCCCGUCGGCUCUCGGCUCGCUGACGAGCCUUGUAUCGCUCAACGCGUCGCGCAACCAGCUGACCCUGGUGCCCGACUCGAUUGUGCGAUGCACCGAGCUAGAGCGACUGGAUCUGAGCCACAACUCGCUCUCGAAUGUCCCGCUCCUGCAUAUGCCCUCGCUGCUUGUCCUUCGCCUCUCGCACAACACGAUCAGCGCGCUUCCGGCGAGCCUUGGCGAGGCGCAGCGGCUGCGCGUCCUCAUAGCCGACCACAACGCGCUCACCACGCUCGCGCCCGAGCUAACGUCACUGGCCUCGCUUGCGCUGCUUGAUCUCAGUCACAACGAGCUCGACGCGCUGCCGUCGUCGCUUGGCGGCUGCACCGAGCUCAAGGAGCUGGCGCUGCACAACAACCGGCUGACCCGGCUGCCGUCGUCGCUUGGAACGCUGCCCAAGCUGACGAUGCUCGACGUCGCCCACAACGCACUUGAUGACCUUCCCUCGUCGCUCGGCGCGCUCGCGGACACCCUUCGCAUUCUCCACACCACCGGCAAUCCACUCCGCAACCUCCCCGCCCGCUUCCGCGACGCUUCGUCCGCCGGUGACAUCCUCGGCUAUCUCUUUGUCCACGACUCGCGGUACUCGGCAGAGUCGACCCGCCGUGGGACGGCCGCAUCUACAGAGCCGUUAUCUGUGCUUGCUCGUCGCUCGCGCCGCUCGCAACCGCCGCCGGCCCUGCCGCCCAUCGCCGACUCGCCCGAUGGCGUGGCGCGGAGGGCUCGUCAUGCCAACUCAAUCGGUCAUGAUGUGGCGGGUGCAGCAGUGCAGACGCAGCUUGGUGUGCGCUCGCGCUCACACUCGCGCUCACACUCGCGCUCUCGCUCGCGCUCGCGCUCGCGCUCACGCUCGUUGCUGCGGCACGACAUGCUCCCGCGAUGGGAUGCGUCGCCGGCUGCUGCGGGUGAGCUUAACCUCUGGCGGGUUCCCCGGACCGAGCCGUAUCUGGGUGUGUCCAAGCCGCCGCCAAGAAGUCGACAUGGGGCUCACGUGCCGGCGCCUCGCCGGAUUCCAGCAUGGGUCAAGCGGAUGGCGUCGGGCAUAGCGGUAGAGGUUAUGGCGGGUGCGCUGGCACAUCCGCAGGCGUCCUCUGACUUGGUUGAUGGCGUGUUUACCUUGGAUCGCCUGGCACCCACCCUGGGCGGCGCGCACACCGGCCAACUGCCGCCGCCCUGCACACCGGCAGCAUCCGGCGAUGAGCCGCUUUCGCCCGACGGUGCCCUUUCAGACGAGAUCGUCAUCCUCGGCGAAUCGCUCUCGUCCUCGACGUUCGAGGCCGUCACUGAUGACGGCCCGGUCGUCGGUAGCCAUAGCAGCUCCAGCAGCGACGGCUCUUGCAAGGUUGUGAGCAGGAGCGAGAGUAGGAGCAGAGGCAGCUCCAGUGGCGGCGGCGACUUGGCCGAGAGCGAGCUUCCUUUCACGGCUGGCUGGAGCCUUGAGUUGGGCACUUGUGGUGAUUCUGUGGAUGAUGGCGCCGGGCAUGGUGAGCUCAACACCGAUGCGGCUACGCAUGCUGGUGCUGCCCUCGAUAACGCUGCGCUCGUUGGCGAUGUGGCUAGUGGUGCUCCACUUGAUGGCGCUGCACUCGAUGGCGUUUCACUCGUUGGCGCUGCACUCGAUGGCGAUGUGGCUAGUGAUGCUCCACUUGAUGGCGCUGCACUCGAUGGCGUUUCACUCGUUGGUGCUGCACUCGAUGGCGAUGUGGCUAGUGGUGCUCCACUUGAUGGCGCUGCACUCGAUGGCGUUUCACUCGUUGGUGCUGCACUCGAUGGCGAUGUGGCUAGUGGUGCUCCACUUGAUGGCGCUGCACUCGAUGGCGUUUCACUCGUUGGCGCUGCACUCGAUGGCGAUGUGGCUAGUGAUGCUGCCCUCGAUAACGCUGCGCUCGAUGGCGCUGCGCUCGAUAACGCUGCCCUCGAUGGCGCUGAACUCGAUGCCACUGAACUCAACGGCACUGCACUUAAUGCCACUGAACUCAACGGCACUGCACUCGAUGGCACCGGACUCGAUGGUGCUGCACUCAAUGGCAACGUGGCUGAGGGCGAUGCACUCGAUGGCAACGUGGCUGAGGGCGAUAACGACGGUCGCCUCGCCAAAGGCAAAGUUGCCGUCAAGCCGCCCCCAGAACCCGCCGCUGCCUAUUCUUCAGCCCUACCAGCCAUCUCCAUCGACGCCGACGCCAUCGCCAUCGCCGCUCUGCCCGAAGGCGACGACGAUUUCCUCGGCUCGCUCACCCAGGCCGACCUCUCAUCGACCUCCAUCCACACUUCGGGCAUGACCCUCGCCACCUCCAAGUCAAUCGAUGAUGCCUCGUGCUCGCUCAUCUCGUCCACGACGCCAUCCGAGAGCUCCGACUCCUUUUCCUCGGUCUCCACCCUCUAAUCCGAGCCUCUACCCCGUUGGACCGAGGCUUCACGAACCCUCGCGCCUCUCCGCCGUAUACCCACAUCUCCACCACCGCAUGCA